GAGAGGGUAAACGGUGAGAGAGUAGCGCAAGACAGAGGGAGAAAGAACAAAGGCUGAACUCAACAUCACGAGGAAACAACGAAAACGCAGAAACAUCACAAACAAGAUCAGAUUCGUCAGGGGCCAGUUCAUCCACCUCAUCUUUCACAGGGACGUUUGAGAUCCCUCCUCUUGGACUGGUGCCUGGGCUAUGUGACGGACAGCUUCCCAUAGUCUGCUUUUGUUCCUGAACCGGGGGCAGAUCGAGAGGGUCUACAGUGCCGACCAGGAGAAGAGAUGCUCCUUUCCUGACGGAAGGAUGGCUUACAGUUCAUGGACUUUCACCGUCAUUUUACUGUACUCACUUUGGAGACACACAGCAAGCCAGGAACCACAAAGCCCCAACAAUGUGACUGUGGUCAUUCAGGAUGGAGAAGUGUCACUUGUCUGGACCCCCCCUGCCUCAUUAGAGGCCUACUACAAGGUCCAAAUUAAAAAGUAUUCCGGGUGCAAAAAUUGGACUACCGUGCCAGGCUGUGAGCGGGUGAGGACCCCCCGCUGCGACCUGACGAGCCUCACUAAUUCCCUGGACAUAUACUGGUGUCGGGUUAAAAUGAUCAAAAAGGAGAUGACCUCCAAAUGGACAAUAAGAAGAUUUAAUAUAAUGAAUGAUGGUGGCCUGCUGCCCCCUACCUUCACUCUGUCAUCCAGCUCCACAUCAGUCAAAGUCAGAGUUCACAGAAAACCAGCCCUGGUGGCUACCUACAAACGUGGGCUCGACUACACAUAUUACCUACGAGAGAAAGAGCAGGACAUCAUGGAUUCAAUUAUGGGCUUGCAGGUGAACAAGACUCGCCAUUGGGAGGCAGACAAUGCGGAGGAGGAAGAUGUGGAGUUUGAUUACCUGACAUGGGGACAGGAAUACUGCGUCCGUUUGGACGUGAAGCACACCUCUGGGAAUGCCGCCAGUCCAGCAUCCUCCGAACAAUGCAUUCUUCUCCCAAGGCCAGACUGGUACAUAGCGGCCAUAUUGCUGGCCAUAUCGCUGAGCAGCCUAGGGGUGCUGGGCCUGCUGACUCUCCUGCUGCACUGCUUCCUGUGGCGGCCCAAGCCCCUCCCCAGCACUCUGAAGUGUCCCAGCAAUGUCCAGGGCCCCCUGAUCUUGGGUGAGGUCCUUGUGGAGAAGGUGACGGACCAGGGGUGGUUCCUGCUUAGCCGGAAUAGGAGCAAGGAGCUGGGCUGGAACCAGAAGGCGAAGGAGACAGAUGAAGGGGAGACGAGGAGGGGCAGCACGGACAGCGGGGUUAGCGUGGAACAGCCCCCAUCGGAGAGGGCGGGAGGAGGAGAGCUAGGCGAGGCCAGGAAACGGGAAGACAGCGGCUGCGGAAGCCUCCAGGAAACCGACGGCGGCAGCGGAGGCAGCGGCGGCAGCAGGCGAAUGUCUGGAAAGCGCCCCCUGCUGGAAGGGAGGAACUCCGGUGGAGACUCCCCUCAGAUGGAGGACAGUGGCUUGAGCCUGGGGUGCGGGAUCCAGUACAAUGGAAGCGGUAGCCUGCAGGGGGAAGACUGCGGGCACCUCCCUGUGGAAGGGGUGGAGGCUGGGGAUGGAUACCGCAGCCAAAGGCCGUCCUUUGUGGUUGUCCAGGACUUUGAGAGAGAGAAACCCGGCGAGAGGACCACUGCUGAAACGGACAGCAGCACCAAAAUCCCUGUGGGGUACCGGUCCGGUCUGUUCACCUGUGUGUGCCGGGGAGAAGGACUAUGUCUUCGGUGUCAAUCUCUCGCACCUCUCCCCGCUAAAGAACACUCAAAGUACAGCUAUCCCACGGCACACCACAGUGACCAGUUCCCUGCAUCUUCAAUCACCCGCGUCCCAGGCAGCUAUUUAACGAAGAGCCAUCCGCACAAUGGGGGCGAUCUGGCAGGCAGAGACAUGCCGUUUGUUUGCCACGUACCUCAAACAGAAUCAAGCGAGUCUAUCCCGCUGCUGAUCUCUGUGCCACAGCUCCCCCUUCUGUGUGGAGGACUAGACGGCGGCGUGAAUGCUCCAUCUUUCUCGCUGCAAGAUGUGGAGUUGACCUUUGGGUGAACGGUUACACCGCUUCCGUGUGAAUGCAGGGAAACCAGCCACCAGCCAUGUGUGAAAUUCUAACCGCCGGGUGCCAAAACAAGCCCUCCGAAGGGCAACAAGCUAACUCAGAACGAAGAGAGCUGACAUAGAGCUAACACAGAGCUAACUCAGCUAACUCAGAACUACAAGAGCUGACAUAGAGCUAACACAGAGCUAACUCAGCUAACUCAGAGCUAACGUCGAGAUAACUCAGCGGUGACACUGAGGUAACUCAGAGCCGACAGAGCUAACUCAGCUCAGGGCUAAAACCGAGGACGCUUACAUAUGUCAUUACAAAUAUGUGAGGCAACAGACAUUAUACAUCUUAAUAAUUUGCUUUGGAGACUGGUGUAUGAGGGAAAUGCAAAUUGUAACAGACUUGUGCCUAAAUACAAUGAGGGUGUGAAGGGCACAAGAAGGACGGCCAAUCAUUACCUGUUCCAUCUGAUAGCCAUUUGAAAUAGACAAAGGCAAUAAUAGUGGAACAUAGGCUAUGAAAGGGGGGAAAACUGACACUCACUCGAUCAUUUAUGCAAUUUAUGCCUCACCUGCCAGAUGUGGAUGAUAUUAGUGUGUGAGGCAUAAGCAAAUUACAAGGGCUAAAAUCAUAAGAAACAAAGACUUUUACAUAUUGUGUAUCAUUACUCGUUUUGCUUUGCAAGUUGUUGUAUAGAUGUCAAAAUCUGCAUAUUGUCAAUGAUUUGAUCUUUCACAAGAUGUCAAAUUGUAACACCAUAAACCAGCAGAAAAGAUACAUUACUAUGAUCAAGUUACAUUGAGACUUUGACAGCCCAGAAACUACAAACUACUACAUUUCUGAUCAAAAAUCCAUGACAGAGAUUUAAUUUAAUCCCCAGUAGAUAUAAAACAAGCCAAGGAACCAUUGAAUGUAUUUUGGGAUGGAUUCUGUGAAUCAGGCAUUUGCAUUACGGUAGUUUCCCCCCUUCGUGGUGACUAAUGUGCUGUAUGAAUAUCUUUUUCUGCAACAGAAAAGGAACGCUCUGUGAUCACUGUUUCAUCUCACUUAAUUUGAAUUAUUUCAGUUUUUCAAGCUAUUGUAUAUGUAUAUUUAUGAAUAAAAGUGUUUUGUAAUUUCACCAAA